AUGGAUUCUACAGAUGGUAAAAACAUAGGAUUUGUUAAAAGACAGGAAUUGAUUAGUGAAAGUCAGGAAAUAGAAAUGAUUGGUCAUCUUCACGGUGACAUUUUUAACCAAGAUAAAUUUUUAAUUAAUGGUGUUGAAAUGAGUGUUAAAUUGGUUCGAUCAAGAGAGAGUUUUAAUUUAAUUGUUGGGUCAAACGAUGUAAAGUUUAAAGUUUGCAUUACGGACGCAACUCUUAUUGUUCGACGAGCACGAAUUAAUCCAAGUGUAUUACUCGCACAUCAAAAAGUUUUAGCUUCUACCACUGCUAAAUAUCCUAUUACUCGAGCUGAAGUAAAAGUUUUAACAAUUCCUUCGGGUGUUCAAGGAAAAACUCUUGAUAAUAUAUUUUUAGGACAGGUACCGAAAAGAUGUAUAAUUGGAUUUGUGAACAAUUCUGCAUUUAAUGGUUCCCUUACUAAAAAUCCAUUUAACUUUGAAAACUAUGGUAUUAAUUCUUUCAGCUUAUAUAUUGAUGGUCAACAAAUACCUUCAAAAGCUUUGCAACCAUCUUUUAAUAAUAGCAUAUUUACAUCAGCAUAUCAUACUCUAUUCUCGGGAACUGGUAUUCACUUUCUUAAUGAAGGAAAUGGAAUCUCUUGUGAACAGUAUGGCAAAGGUUACUGUCUAUUAGCAUUUGACUUAACUCCUGAUUUAUCAGCUAACUCAUCAACUCAUUGGAAUCUCAUAAAGCAUGGUAGUGUAAGAAUAGAAGUACGAUUUGAAUCCUCAUUAAUACAAACAAUUAACUGUAUAGUUUAUGCUGAGUUUGAUAAUAUUAUUGAGAUAGAUAAAAACAGAAAUGUUACUGUAGACUAUAGUAGUUAA